UCUUCUCCCCCUCCCAUGGUCUCUCUUCCGUGGAUCACAGGGACCCCGCCGCCACCGUUCGAGCUCUCCCGCCGGAUCGCCCUCUCUGCCGCCGGGAACGAGCUCCCCACGCCCGGAUCCGCUCCUCCUUCGCCGCGCCAAGUACUGGAGCUGCACGUCGCCACCAGGGAGCUGUCCUUGCCAAGUCCAGCUUCCCGCGGCUUCUGCUUCCUCUUCUUCAAGCAGGAGUUCUGCUCGUCCCGCGCGCCUGAACACCGAGCAGCUGCGCUCGUUCUCGAGAGCGUUGACCAAGGCCCAGCGCCGCCCCAGCCUCAUCCGGCCCAGCCGCCCCCUCUCCACCAGCAAGCCAGAUCUGGCCCGUGCUUCGGUUUCUUUCCGGAGUUGUGAGGAUUCGUUCGACUACGUCCG